UAAAGCUCAUAUCUCAAAGACUAUCCAAGAAUUUUUGGUGACAUGGCUUCAAGAGCUCUAGCCUCUACUGCCCUUCUCCUCACCUUCAAUCUCCUCUUCUUCACUUUGGUAAGCUCUACCAAUUGCCCACCACCAAAGCCAAAAGGCCAUGCAACUCACCCAACCAACCCAUCACCAGUUCCAUCAAAAAAGGGUAGUUGCCCAAAGGACACUGUAAAGCUGGGUGUGUGUGUCGAUCUGUUGAAAGAUUUGCUAAGCGUUACAGUUGGAACCCCACCAAAGACUCCUUGCUGCAGCCUUAUCAGCGAUCUUGUUGAUCUGGAAGCCGCUGUUUGCCUGUGCACUACCAUCAAAGCUAGUGUCUUGGGCAUUAACUUAAACCUUCCUGUGAACUUGAGCUUGUUGCUCAACUAUUGUGGGAAGAAGGUUCCUGAAGGAUUCAAGUGUGCAUGAAUGCAUAUGCAUUCUGUCGCUGCGUAUUUCUAUUACUUGAAAUUUUAUCUUCUCAUGUUGUAUGUUUCAGCUUUUUGGAGUUAUUUUUCUUGGUCAUGCCAUCAUCAUUUAAGCAAUAAUUUCCUAAUGGUACCAUUUUUUGUUUGAAGGAUAGAAUUUUCUUCGACAUUGACAUUUGUUUUGUUACGCUGCUUGAUUUUGGAAUGGAUUUAGGUCAUUACGUAU